GAGUGUGUUGCUGCUGUUCUGCUUUGCGUCCUCGCUACAAACGCCUGGUGGACAACAUAUUCCCUGAAGACCCGAAAGAUGGCCUUGUUAAAGCUGAUAUGGAAAAAUUGACAUUUUAUGCAGUAUCUGCUCCAGAGAAACUGGAUCGAAUUGGUUCUUACCUGGCAGAAAGGUUGAGCAGGGAUGUUGUCAGACAUCGUUCUGGGUAUGUCUUAAUUGCUAUGGAGGCAUUGGACCAGCUUCUCAUGGCUUGCCAUUCUCAAAGCAUCAAGCCAUUUGUAGAAAGCUUCCUUCAUAUGGUAGCAAAGCUGCUAGAAUCAGGGGAACCAAAGCUUCAAGUUCUUGGAACAAACUCUUUUGUCAAAUUUGCAAAUAUUGAAGAAGACACGCCAUCCUAUCACAGACGUUAUGAUUUCUUUGUAUCUCGCUUCAGUGCCAUGUGUCAUUCCUGCCAUAGUGAUCCAGAUGUACGAACGGAAAUUCGAAUUGCUGGAAUCAGGGGUAUUCAAGGCGUGGUUCGCAAAACAGUUAAUGAUGAACUUCGGGCUACCAUUUGGGAACCCCAGCAUAUGGAUAAAAUUGUUCCAUCCUUGCUGUUUAACAUGCAGAAGAUAGAAGAGGUCGACAGUCGCAUAGGCCCUCCUUCUUCUCCCUCCGCAGCUGACAAAGAGGAGAAUCCCGCUGUGCUGGCUGAAAACUGUCUCAGAGAGCUGCUGGGUCGAGCGACUUUUGGGAAUAUGAAUAAUGCUGUUAGACCAGUUUUUGCGCAUUUAGAUCAUCACAAACUGUGGGAUCCCAAUGAAUUUGCAGUUCACUGCUUUAAAAUUAUAAUGUAUUCCAUUCAGGCUCAGUAUUCUCACCAUGUGAUCCAGGAGAUUCUAGGGCACCUUGAUGCUCGUAAAAAAGAUUCUCCACGGGUUCGAGCAGGUAUUAUUCAGGUUCUGUUAGAGGCUGUCGCCAUUGCUGCCAAAGGUUCCAUAGGACCCACGGUGCUGGAGGUCUUCAACACGCUGCUGAAGCACCUGCGUCUCAGUGUGGAAUUCGAAGCGAGCGAUGUCCACGGGGGAUCGAUGGGCAGCGUCAGCUUAAACUCGGCCUCCAAAGACAACGACGAGAAGAUCGUGCAGAACGCCAUCAUCCAAACGAUAGGGUUCUUUGGAAGUAACCUACCAGAUUAUCAGAGGUCAGAAAUCAUGAUGUUCAUUAUGGGGAAGGUACCAGUUUUUGGAACAUCCACUCAUACUUUGGACGUCAGUCAACUAGGGGACUUGGGAACCAGGCGGAUUCAGAUAAUGUUGCUGAGAUCCUUGCUUAUGGUCACCUCUGGGUACAAAGCGAAGACGAUUGUUACUGCGCUACCUGGGUCUUUUCUGGAUCCUCUGCUGUCACCAUCCCUCAUGGAGGACUAUGAAUUGAGACAGUUAGUCUUGGAAGUGAUGCAUAAUCUCAUGGAUCGCCAUGACAACAGGGCAAAGCUUCGAGGGAUCAGAAUAAUACCUGAUGUAGCUGACCUAAAGAUCAAAAGAGAAAAAAUCUGUAGACAAGACACAAGUUUCAUGAAAAAGAAUGGGCAACAACUAUAUCGGCACAUAUAUUUGGGCUGUAAAGAGGAAGACAACGUUCAGAAAAACUAUGAGUUACUCUAUACUUCUCUUGCUCUUAUGACAAUUGAAUUGGCCAAUGAAGAGGUGGUUAUUGAUCUCAUCCGCUUAGCCAUUGCUUUACAGGACAGUGCCAUCCUCAACGAGGACAACCUGCCCAUGUUCCACCGCUGCGGCAUCAUGGCGCUCGUGGCCGCCUACCUCAACUUCGUUAGCCAGAUGAUCGCCGUCCCUGCGUUUUGCCAGCAUGUUACCAAGGUUAUUGAAAUGCGGACGAUGGAAGCCCCUUAUUUUCUGCCAGAGCACGUUUUCAGAGAUAAGUGCACGCUUCCAAAAUCUUUGGAGAAACAUGACAAAAGUUUGUACUUUUUGACCAACAAGAUUGCAGAGUCACUAGGUGGCAGUGGCUAUAGUGUUGAGAGAUUGUCAGUGCCAUAUGUACCACAAGUCACAGCUCUCUUUCCUUCAGGCAAAAACCCUCCUAAGCCCAGGCACAAGUACGAAGAUGAAGAUCGACUUUCUAGAAGAAAAAGUAUCGUGGACACCGUGUCCAUUCAGGUGGAUAUUCUACCCGGCAGCCUCCCUUCUGACGACGUGGUUAGUAACACUGAAGAAAUUACCUUUGAAGCAUUAAAGAAAGCAAUUGAUACCAAUGGAAUGGAAGAGCAAGAAAAGGAGAAGAGGCGUCUGGUGAUAGAGAAAUUCCAGAAAGCACCUUUUGAAGAAAUAGCAGCACAGUGUGAAUCCAAAGCGAAUUUGCUUCAUGAUAGACUUACUCAAAUACUGGAACUCACCAUACGUCCUCCGCCCAGCCCGUCGGGAACACUGACCAUUACUUCUGGGCAUGCCCAGUACCAGUCUGUCCCCGUCUAUGAGAUGAAGUUUCCUGACCUCUGUGUGUACUGAGUGGCUCAGGAAGACCUCAGCAUAGAAUGUCACAGCCUGGGAAUGCAGGCCGGGCUCUUUACUUUACGUCUGUAACACACUUGUUGAAAACAGCGUUGGAACGUACAUUUGACCAAAUGCUUGUUAUACCAUACUAGAAAUUUUGAAACUAUAUGUGAUUUCAAGUGCUUUUGAAGAUAGAUUUAUGCCACACUAAUUUCUUUUCAGGUUCCUGUUGGCUUUAAAGUGGAGCAUGUAUUGGUCUCAACAUCAUUUCAUUGUUAAACAGUAUAUUUUAAACUUUUCUCAAACAUGUUUUUUUUUUUUUUGAAAAUUAGGCCUUCGAGGGUUGAAAGACGUAUGAAGUCUCUCUUGUAUUUCUUAAACAUCUACACAACUGUUUAAGUAGGAUUUUUGCUUUAGUUUUGGUUAUCUGCAAAAGCAAAAACAUGCGAGAGUACGCUAGUCCUGGGCUGCUGACUGCCCUGUGGCUUUUGUCCCUGUGUUUCCGAUGUUGCGACAGGCGUCUCUUCAUUCAGUUACCGUGAUACGUGCGAUAGGCGUUCCUCCGCUUGUUUAUGGUAGUGAUGUUUGUUGAAUAAUAUGCCUAGAAUAUGACCCUAAAAUCAGCCGCAUACUUUAAAGUGUCUGGUUCUUGUAAUACUGUAUUUUCUGCCAAGAGUUUGAUCAUUCUACGUGAGAGGCUUAGAGCUUGCUCUCCAGAUACCGAACUGUGCAAUAUUUUUUACAUCAUAAGAUGUAUUAGUUUACAGACUGUGCUUUGAAAUUAUAGUAGUAUUUUGCUGUGGCUCAAUUAAUUAAAUGAGAUAUAUAUAUAUUUAGUAUAAAAAAAGACAUUUAAAACAGUUACUAGUUCAUCUGUGAAGAGCACACAUUUUGAUUUUUAUUAAGAGCACAUUAAUUUACAUUUUUAUAUUGUUCAUUGUUUUUAAUCAUCAUAUUCAGAAAAUUACCAAAACAGACUUUAAUUUGUAGGAUUUGAACUGUAGCUUGUAUGCAUUUGUGUUUAAGGUUUGUUAUAUUACAUGUGUGUUUAGGGUUUGUUAUAUUACAUUUAAAGGGUGCCUAUGGUUUUAGCAAUCAAGUGUGCUAAGGAUUGUCAGUGUAAGCUUCUGUCGGUUUAAGCCACCAAGGUGAUGUGUACUCACACUCUACUCACCUGCUGACCGACCCAUGGUAUUGUCUUAAAGCCACAUACAUUUCAGUGAGUCCACUACACGGCAAAAUGAACAAUUGUCUUUGCAAAUCUUACAACAUUCUCCUAGGACAUUUAUAUAACAUAACUUGUUUAUAGUUCUACCUUUUUUUAUUUUAUUUCUUUUUACAUAAAAAAUAUACAUAUUAAAAAUUGUGACUGAAAAACCAGUUUUGGUUUUGGCUUUUGUUUGUAAAAUUGCAGUGAAGAGCGGCAUGCUACACCUUUGGUUUAUGAUUAUCUGGGCACAUGUAGUAGAAACAGGAAAAGAAGCAUGCUCAAAUUUUUUUCAACAUAUGAUCCAAAGUAUAGCAUCUUAAAGCACUUUGCAAGAGAUAGUAGUCAUUGAACCUCUAAAAUGACACUCGACGUCCUGGCCGCUGUAGUACAUGUCCGUGAAGAAGCCCUAGUUUUAAUUUUCUUUUUUUCUUCUGUAUUUUUAAAGAAGGAUCUUAAUUGUUGACAAAGUACUCGUUUGCACUCCUGCUCCAAGGAUCCCAGGUCUCGGCGUGGUCGGUGCGUGUUGCAUGGACAGGACAACCACUUCCGGUCAUGCUGUCACCUUCCUCCUGGUCUGUGUGUAAACUGUUGGGUUCUGUAGGGGUUUGGUUUUGUUUUGUUUUUAAAUCACAGCAGACUUCUGUGUGCCCUCGGUUCGUGAGCUGGUCUUGUUGCCGAGGGUUCCCUGGAAGCGGGUCUGCCCUGUGGCCUGUGCCUUCAGGAGCUCCUGCAGGCGGGUGCGUACUGUGCUGUCGCUGGGCCUGCGGCGAGUGUGGGAUUGGUUGAAGGGCACUGUAUGGCUAUAUUUUUGUAGAUACUGAAAAUUCUUAUAAACUGUUACCACUUUCUUUUUUGCUGUAGACAGUUGCUUAUAUCAUAUUUUCUUGACAUUGAAUAGUUAACAUUUAAAUGUUCCUCCUUUGCUUGUGUUGUCUUUGCUCAGAGUUCGUUGUCAUUGAAGUUAGUCAGACACGUGGGCGCACACACAGACACAUAUACAUGCACACACGCACACACGCACCCUUAAUAAUUCUGAACCCAUUCUCUUUUACAGUAAUGCCACACUUUACCAGCGGUUAACUUCCCUCCUCAGAAUAGCCCUUCUCUUCCUUUCUGAAAAUGGAACUCGUUCGUCUUAUUCAUGGCAAUAUAUGUUGUCAAUGUAACGAAGUGAGCUUUUUGAAAUGUAAAAAUCCACUCUGCAAUUCAUAUGUGAGCAAUAAAACAAAAUCAAAAUA